GAACCCUAACCUUGACUGCCCCACUGCGGAGCCUACUGCGGAGAGAGAGAGAGAGAGAGAGAGAGAGGUGAUGACGCCAUCUCCGGCAAUGGCUGCUUCCGAUUUAGCUUCACAACCUCCAUCAACAGCUCCCGACUCCUCUGAAAACGACAAUAUCCAGCCUUUCUACGUUCUUCACAAAGCUUCGUCGUCGCGAAAUUCCCACAGGAAAAGCGCCGCCAGGAGGAUUGAUCUCUCUCCUUCAAAGCCCGCCGCCGCGAAAGCCCAAGUUGACGCCCGCAAAGCUUUUGAGUCCGUUUGGUCCAAAAUUCAUUCCUCCAUCAAGGAUGUUCUGAGGGAUGUCAACACCAAUGUAUUCAAUGAAAUACAUUCCUGGGUUUGCCAAUCCUUCCUUGCAAUUACGUCGUCCGGAGUGCCUACCUUUGCUCAAGCAACUCGGUCUUUUCCCAUUCAAACUCAUACUACUUCCAAGCAACUUUUCACUGGAUUGGUUCUCAUCAAGAAUAUGGAGUUUGUUGAUGAUUUACUGACGUUUAAAGAGCUUGGCCUCUGCUUGAAAUCUCACGGAUGUCAUGUCGCUAACGUGUCCUCAGUAGACAUUUUGACCAAGAAUGGGGUUGGUGGUUGCCUGAGAAGUUUGUUGAGACAAUUUGUAAUGGGUAAUUUGGAUGCAGCUGAUGUAUCCAUCCUAGCAUCAUGGUAUAGAGAACUAGGAAACCAAAAUUCUCCAGUGAUCAUAAUUAUAGAUGAUAUGGAGCGAUGUUCUCGGUCUGUGUUGUCAGAUUUUAUCCUUAUGUUGAGUGAAUGGGCUGGUAAGAUUCCAAUGAUUUUAAUAAUGGGAGUCACUACACUAGAUGCUCCAAGAAACGUACUUCCUUCACAUGUGCUGCAGCAACUAUGCCCUAGUAAGUUCAUAUUGGGAUCACCAGCUGAGAGAAUGAAUGCAGUCGUUGAUGCUUCUCUUGUGAGGUGGGGUUCUGGGUUCUGUAUCGGUCACAAGGUUGCAAUUUUUCUGAGAAACUUCUUCUUAAAUCAGGAGGGAACAUUGACAUCUUUCAUCAGAGCUUUGAAGAUAGCAUGUGUACAACAUUUCUCCAUGGAACCCUUAAGCUCCAUACUUGGUUUACUUGCCGAAGAAGACGGUGAGGGUUUGCAAGGUGAGAGACUUGCUUUGUCGUCAAAAGUGGAAGCACAAACAGAUAGUAAAUUGGCUCUUGGUUUGACAGAAUUGAUGCACUCUCAGAAGUGCUGGAGCACUGUUGUUAUGUGUCUAUACGAAGCUGGAAAGUAUAACAAAGUGCAAUUGCUAGAUUUAUUAUGUGAGGCACUUGAUCCAGAUUUUUACAACUCCAUGGCUUCUAAGAAUCAAACUAGGUCGGGAAAAGGUUUUGAAAUAUCUUCUUCAAGUGAUCACUUUAUGGCUCGACUGAAUUUGCGAAAGGGUGGACCAAUUCAUCAGGCAAUUCAAAAAGUGAGGGAUCUUCCAGCAGCAUCACUAUCUCAAUUGCUUAAGAGUUGGGAAAAUCUCUCCAUGGAUAUCCUUGAGAUCUAUGACAAAGUGAAGGAACUGCAACGAAUGGUGAAAUUUGAAGAAGGAAAGAGUUUAAAGCAGGAUUUUCCAGACCUAGCGAAGAGGCAUGCAUCUCGAAGCCCCGCAAAUGUUAAGGAAUCAAAAACAAUAAAUGAUAAAGCCGCUACUCUAAUAAGUACCAUGAUCAGGGAUUUCAUGAAACCCAUUGAGUGUGUUCCUUAUCAUGAAGUUGUUUGCUUUAAAGAUGUUGAGAAACUUAAAUCGGCUUUAAUUGGAGACCCUAGAAGAAUGAUUCAAGUCGACCUUUUAGAAUUCCAUAAGUUCCUGCAGUGUAGUUGCUGCAGCAAGCAUUGCGAUGUUCUAUUACCAUCGAUGCCUGAUACCUCAAUUAUGUAUACACUGGCUCAGGAGCAUGGCGAUCUUAUCAAUCUUCAUGACUGGUUCCAAUCUUUCAAAACGAUUGUGGUUAACUGCAGUACUAAAGGGAAACAGCGCAAGGGGCAGCAGUCACCGCUGCCAAAGAAAAGGAAGGACACAAAUGAAAACCAAAACGAGGGCGAAGCCUCAAUACAAGCACGAUUUUGCAGGGCAUUGACAGAACUGCAAAUCACCGGGCUAAUUCGGAUGCCCAACAAAAGACGCCCCGACUGUGUGCAAAGAGUGGCCUUUGGCCUCUAAGCGGAUCAAGUUUGCUCUUUUCAUUGUUGUAUCUGCUCGUUUCUCUUAAUCCCUUUAGUUUUCUCCACAUGAUGUAAGUGAUUGUAUUUAAAUGAGUUAUAUUUUAUUGUUAUCAAAAUGUAAUGAGCAACAUCAUAAGUAAUGAUUGAACUUGAACAUUUCGUGAAAUGGAUAUAAACUAAUGACCGU